UUCAGGAGGCGGAGCGGCCCGGAGGGUCGGACGUAGUUUUGAAACUCUCUCCCUGUCUCAGAGAAAACAGCACAGCACUAAAUAAGUUAGCGAGUUGUGGCGUGGGCACUUUGCUCCACCGUUUAUCUCGUUUUUUGAACCCUUUCAAACAAACUUUUUACAAUCUGCGAUAAGUGAUCCGGAGCGAGACACGACGUUGAGGUGGGCCACCUGAUCCAGGCAGAGGGAUUUAUUUUCCUUCUGCAUUCCUGAUGGAGUCUUACCGAGUGACUGGCAUUCCUAACAGCGGACCACAGCAGGGCCACACUCAGCCGACCCGCCCAUCCAGGCCCCACAGUAAUGGAGCUGGUACAUAUGGUCUCAGCAUCCGUGUCCAGGGGAUAGAUGGACACCCCUACGUGGUUCUCAACAACCAGGAAAGGGGUCCGCAAUCCUAUAUUGACCCUAACAGUAAUGGGUACAUCGACACAGAGGGUUCUUUUAUUGAGAACUACAAUGAGUAUGAUUUCAAGGGAGGGAAGGAGGCUGGAUCCAACAGCCCCUUCAUGGAGUACAGGUCUCAGAAGAUGAUGCAAUACACGGGCUCUCAAAAUGGCGUCGCAGAUUCACAAGGGAAGAAAUCAUCCUCCCUUCUGAACUUUCAGAAGCACCCGGAGAUACUGCAGCCAUAUGAUCCUGACACCAACUCACUGAACUUUGAUGGUUCCCGCAGCCUGCCAUCAAGGUCUCUGCCUCCAGCUGGGACUGGGAACCAGCAGCGAGGUCUCUACUCUAAAUCUGCUGUGCUUGAAACACCCCACUCCAAGCCAUCAAGCUGGGACCAGAGUAGGGGUCCUGCCCAGCAAGAGAAAAGGCAACUUCCAUCCCAGGGCCUGAGUGAAACUGCUCUGUCCAAGCAGAAGUCUUUGCAUCCAUCCCAGCUCGCUCAGCCUCAGACAAGGACACAGUCAAAAGUGGCAGAACCGCAGUCCAAAGCUUGUUUCACCAACCUGAAUCAACCUCAGUCUAAGCCAGUCUCCAAAACCCAGCACCAACCAGUGCCUCCAGCCCAGCCUCAGCCCUCAACUGUGUCCAGUCCCGCCAGUGAGCACACCAAGACGGCAUGCAUAUCCCCCACUGCCAUGAGCAGCACAAACUCCAGCCUGGAGCGCUCCCGCCGUGAGCCUGAUGUCCUUCCUCUACGCAGAACUGACUCCAGUGGGCCAGUCCUUCAGUCCUCUUCCCGCUCACGCCAUUCUUCCUCAUCUUCCACCUCUAAGACUCUGGUAGAUGAACAAAUGGAUGCCCUUUAUGCAGACACCAUCAACCGCCACGAGAACCGUCGCUACAUCCCUUUCCUCCCCGGUUCAGGCAGAGACAUUGAUACAGGCUCCAUUCCUGGUGUCGAUGAGCUCAUUGAAAAGUUUGAUGGCCAAGUUGGCAGCCAGCAGCGCAGGGGCAGGACAGGGCGCAGGAACAGAAUAAACCCAGAGGACAGGAAGCGGUCACGCAGCGUGGAUAGUGCCCUCGGCUCUCGAGAUGGUUACGCGGGGUUUACCCGCCAGCAAGGCACAUCAAUGGAGCAUGUCCUGCGGCCCUCGCAGCUACGGCUACAGAAAACAGCCGGCAGUCAGGACUCCUGGAUGACAGCUGUAGAUGGUAAAGCUGACUCCAGAGCUUCGUCUCGUGCCACUAGCGCACCCGGCUCCCCUCAGAGCACCAUCUCUAAAGGUGUGGGCUUCAUACAAGGUUACAAAAAACCACAGACUCGCUCCUCUUCACUACCAUUCAAGAGUAAAGAGAGCGAGGACAGUGCCUCUUCAGCCGGAAGUGUUUCGACGACAACACUGUCAACGUCGCUAUCUAAGACUUCUUCAGCUGCAGACAAAAAGUCCAGUGCAGAGACAGAUGUUCAGGCGACACCUGAUCUUCUGAAAGGUCAGCAGGAGCUUUCACAACAAACAAAUGAAGAGACUGCAAAACAAAUUCUGUUCAGUUACCUGAAGGACGGUAGCAACGACAAUGAUGAAACAACAAAGAGAAAAGUUAACCUUGUCUUCGAGAAGAUACAGACGUUGAAGUCUCGGGCCACAGCGAGUUCACAAGGGGACACCAAAUCCCUGGACUUUUCUGCUCAGGCCAAAGCUCUGCAGGAGCAGAAUGCUGAACUGGAGAAAGAAAAGACUGAACUGAAGAAACAACUUGAGAAGAAUCAGGCUGACAGGAAGACAGCAGCAGGUUUGAAGGAGCUGCAGCAAGAGCUGGAGAGGAUUUCAGAAGAGUGCAAACAUCUUAAGGAAAGACUGGCCAAAACCGAGGCUGAGCUCCAGACCACAGUCGAGGAGCUGUUCCAGGUGAAGAUGGAGAGGGAGCAAUACCAGACGGAGAUCAGAGACCUGCAGGAUCAGCUGUCAGAGAUGCACGACGAGCUUGACUUGGCAAAGAAGUCAGGCGCCGAUGGAGAGAAAGACAUCCUUAUGGCGGAUAUGAUGCAGCUGAAGCUUGAGAUGCAGGAACUUCUCCUGGCCAAGGAGGAGCAGGAGGAGGUGCUGAGGAGGCGAGAGAGGGAGCUGACAGCACUGAAAGGAGCUUUGAAGGAGGAAGUGGCCGCUCACGAUCAGGAGGUGGACAAGAUGAGGGAACAGUACGAGAAGGAAAUAAGCAGGCUGCAGACGUCUUUGGAGGAGGCCAAGCAGAGCAGCGCAGCAGUGGUCCGUGAGAGGGCUGAAGUGGAGGCAGCCAAGGGUGCGUUGGAGGGCCAAACAGGACGGCUGACCCAAGAAGCCGAGCGGCUGCGCAGGCGGGCACAGGAACUGGAAAAUGAGGUGGCGAAACUCAACCGCAUCAUCGACGAGGCCAAGCUACAGGAGAGCAGGCUGGGGGACAAAGUGGGCCGUUUGGAGAAAGAGAAAAAGCAGUUGGAAGAAUCUUUGGCUGAAAUUAAGGAGCAAGAAGAGGAGGUGUCACGUGCCAAUCGCGCAUUGACCCUUCGGUUAGAGGAUGUGCAGCGGAACUUGACAAAACUGAACAUUGAACACAAGGAUCUGGAGGAGAGGUUACAAGAGGAGAAGACUCAGAAGGAGCAGUUCAAGAGCAUGAAGAACAACAUCGAGGAUGAGAGGAGGCUCCUGGACCACACAGUGGAGAAACUCCAGAGGGAGAUGAACAGUAUUGUGGAUGCCUCCCAGUCGUCCACCCGAGAGCUGCAGGAGCAGAUCGACAUUUAUAAAGAGAAGAACCGUCGGGAGCUGUCGGAGCUGCAGCGGCUUCUGAGGGAGCGAGGACAGGAGCUAGAACAGUACCUACUGGCUACAAAAGCCCUGCAAGAUCAGUUAUCACACCAAGGUGAGGAGCUGCGGCGGUGUCAGACGGAACGAGAUGAGGCUGUGCUCAGAGAGAAGAUGCUGGAGGCAAAAGUUCAUGAACUGGAGGCAGAGGCUGAGACAAAAGCCCACAGUAAAGAAGACAAAGCUCGACAUGUCAAACUCAUGGAGGACAGAAUUGCUCAGCUGGAGCUGGACCUGGAAGAGGAGCGUCAGAGUGGAGACCAGCUGAUGGACAGGAUAGACCGAGGAAGAGAGCAGGUGGAGCAGAUGAGGAAUGAACUCCUGCAGGAGAGGGCUAGCAGACAGGACCUGGAGUGUGACAAGAUGGCUCUGGAGAGACAGAACAAAGACCUGAAGAGCAGAGUGUCUCAUUUCGAGGGCUCCCAGAAGUCUAACAAAGAGGGCCUGGUAGCCCAGCUGGAGGGCCGCAUACAGGAGCUGGAGGAGAGACUGGAGGGGGAGGAAAGGGAGCGCGCCAACCUGCAGCUGGUGAACCGCCGGCUGGAGAGGAAGGUAAAAGAGAUGAUGAUGCAAGGCGAAGAAGAACACAACACACUGCAAGAUCAAAGGGACCAACUGAAUCUACGUUUAAAGGCCUUGAAGCGGCAGAUGGACGAAGCUGAGGAGGAGAUCGAUCGCCUGGAGCACAGCAAGAAGAAGCUGCAGAGAGACCUGGAAGAGCAACAGGAGGCCAACGAUGAGCUCCAGAGCCAGCUCAAGGCUCUGAGGACUGAGAUGAGGCGUAAGAACACCUCCGCCCCCCUGCUCAACAGUCUGCACGACGACGACGACGAUGAUGACAUCAGCACAGAUGGGGAGACGUACUUCAGCUCAUCAUUGGGCUACAAGCGCCGCUCGAGUCAGGACAACAUCCUGUCCACCUUCAGUCUGUGAACCAAGUCAGAGAUGACGCACAUUCAUCGCUGUCGGACCAAACGGCCACGUGCUCCUGAAGUCAACUGUACAUAUUACACCGAAUUAUCUGUGAGACUUUCCGGCUGAUAUCUGGAUAAUUUAAGAUAUUUGUUUGUGAAAAUCCACGAGUUCACAUCAUUGUCCAGGAUAUUAAUACUCAAUGUCCAUGAAUUCACUCAGUAUUAAUGGAUGAAAUCAUUAAAUUUUGGAUGUUUUAGUCGGUCUCGUAGAAAAUGUAAUGUAUAUACUGUUCAAUCUUACAUUCCCACAUUUAGUCUUAUGUAAAUUUGUCAAUUCUAUUCUCAUUAGAUUUUCCCUUAACAAAUGGAUUACACACGUUGUCAAUGAUUAUUUUAGUAGUAGUAAACUUGAAAACGCACUCUUUAAUGCACUGUAAAACAACUCAACCAGUACUGCCUUUUGUGAACAAUAUGAAGUUAUCAACUGUUGCUUUUUUAUGCCUAUCAAUUAUGUUAAAUUCACAUACAGUUUCUGAAUAUUCAUUUUUGUAUCAUUCAGUCAAAUAAAAUAUAUUUACCUUAUUUUUUUUAAAGAAUGAAGAUCAAAUUACAAAUAUAUGAAGUGAGAAGUGACAGGUUUUUUUUUUUUUUAUUUAUUCAUGGUUGAAAGUAAAAAAUCCUGACUCAGUGAGGGAUUUAGGGAACAGUAAAUGAGGGACUUUAUACACAUCCAUUUUUAUACAGUUUUAUACAGUUUGAUGACCAAUAAUAGAUGAUGAUUUUAUUUUAUCACACAGGUUUCUCCAAAUAUCCGUGACAUCACAGUAUUGCUUGUACAUCUACUGGAAAAAGGCUGCUGCAUGAAACCCUGUGGAACUUUUUUUCUUUUUGUCUUUUCUGUGAUUGUUGUAACAGUUACAGCGCCAACGAAGCCAAACAUAUCAAAACCGCUUCAUCUCUCGACGCAAUCAUUUUACUGGAAACACUUUGAUUUACCUUCUGUCUUUGGUGAUUUCUCUCUGACUGGGGCAGUGUUAUACUGAACGUGGUUUAAGUCUUUUUGUUUAACCUCAUACGUGUGUGACGCCUGCAGAAGAAGACGUGCGGACGUUGUUGAAAUUUUCCCUGAACUGAAUGAGGGAGUUUCUUCACCUUAGAUAAAUUGUCAAUGAUGUUUUUUCUACAAUGUGAUGAUUUGCACUCUCUGUUGGUCUGAUGGCUGUGGAGGGAGAGUGAAUGAGAUGUAUUCCUGUCACUACCUCUCUGUACACAUUUGUAUGUUCAUAAAUCCUGCUGAGACUAAAAAUAAAGUUACUUCCAGUUACUCUCA